UGCUGCUGCUGCUGAGCUGUGAUGCAUGGAUUUAUUGUCAUUUUACCGUGAUUUGGGUUGUAACUUGUGAUGAAUGGAUUUGGGUUGUUAAUUGUAAUUUAGAGUGUUGAUUGACUGUUUUUAUGCUGCCUUUGCUGAGUAGUAAAGGGUUGUAACUUGUAAGUUUGUAACCUGUAAUGGAUAAUAAUAUAGAAGAUGGGUUGUAGUGUGUAUUAAAAUCAAGUUUGUAACCUGUUAUAAAAUGUUUGGAUUGAUUACAGGGCUGAUUUGAAUUGAUUCUUGAAUUGUUGAACUUAUGGCAUCUAGAAAAAAUGCUUCUGGUAAUAGGCUUGAUGUUGGAUGGCAGCAUGGGAUAGAUGUUGAUAAAAAUUCUAGAAAAGUUUUGUGCAAGUAUUGUCAAAAAAUUAUUAGUGGAGGUAUAUUUCGUUUCAAACAACAUUUGGCUUGCACUCGUAAGGAUGUUGAGUCAUGUCAGCAAGUGCCAGAAAAUGUUAAGCAGAUGAUUUUAGGUGUUUUGGUGAAAAAUCUAAAGGCAACUGAAAAGAAAAGAAAGGCCCUUCAAUAUAGUGGAAAUGAUGUUGAUGAUGAUGAAAUAAAAGAAAUUAGCUCCAAGGACAAAGGAAAGAGAGUAGCUAGUGGGAGUGGAAGUACACAAACAACUCUAAAUCAAUUGCUAAAAAAGGAUAUUAGAGAAGAAGCAUGUCGACAAAUUGCUAGGUUUUUCUACACUAGUGCAAUUCCAUUUAAUUGUGUAAAAAACCCUGAGUUUAUUAAAGCACUUGAAAUGGUUGCAAAGCAUGGGCCAGGUUUCAAGCCUCCAUCCUACUAUGAUAUUAGAGAGAAGUAUUUGAAGCAAGAAGUGGAUCAAACAAUGAAAUUGCUUGAGGAGUACAAGCUAGAAUGGAAAAAAACAGGUUGUUCAAUAAUGUCUGAUGGAUGGACAGAUAAAAAAAGACGUUGUAUUUGUAACUUUUUGGUUAAUAGUCCUAAAGGGACAGUUUUUUUGUCAUCGGUGGAUACUUCUAAUAUGUCCAAGACUGCUGAUAAGGUAUUUGAGAUGUUAGAUGCCAUUGUGGAGAGGAUUGGGGAGGAAAAUGUUGUCCAAGUAGUCACCGAUAAUGCUGCAAAUUAUAAGGCAGCGGGACAAUUAUUAAUGAAAAAAAGAAAGAGUUUGUUUUGGACACCAUGUGCUGCCCAUUGUAUUGACUUGAUAUUAGAAGAUUUUGAGAAGAAGUUAGAGGUUCAUCAAGUAACUAUUGCAAAGGGGAGGAGAAUCACCUCAUAUAUUUAUUCAAGAACCAUUCUUACUUCUAUGCUAAGGCACUUUACGAAAGGAAGGGAUUUGAUUAGGCCUGCUGCCACUCGGUUUGCUACUGCAUAUUUGACUCUAGGAUGUUUGAAUGAUCAUAAAAUACAGCUGAUGACUAUGUUUACUUCCAACAAGUGGAAUUCAUGUAGGUUUGCAAGAAUAGAAGAAGGGAAACGAAUUCAAAAUUGUGUUUUGGACAGCAGAUUUUGGUAUGAUGUUACUAUAUGUAUUAAGGCAGCGUUUCCUCUAAUUAAAGUUCUUCGAUUAGUUGAUUCUGAUGAGAAACCAGCUAUGGGUUUUAUAUAUAAAGCAAUGGAUGAAGCAAAAGAGAAGAUACAAGUGAAUUUUGGUUCUGUGAAAAAAAGUUAUAUACCUGUAUGGAAUAUUGUUGAUGCAAGAUGGGAACUUCAACUCCAUAGACCUUUACAUGCAGCAGCUUAUUAUUUGAAUCCUCAUUAUCAUUAUAAUCCCAAUUUUAAGGUUAAUGCCAACAUUAAAAUUGGAUUAUAUCAAUGCUUAGAAAGGAUGGUGCCUAAUGCAAAUGAAAGGUGCAAAAUUGACUUACAACUUGAAUCAUUCAAGGAUGCAAAAGGGUUGUUUGGCAUUGACGCUGCCAAGACAGCAAGAGAUAAAAAAACUCCAGCUCAAUGGUGGGAUUCUUAUGGGGAUGAAUGUCCAGAAUUACAAAGGUUUGCAAUCCGAGUUCUAAGCUUGACUUGUACUUCAUCUGGAUGUGAGCGUAAUUGGAGUGCAUUUGAAAUGGUGAGUUUUUUUUUUGUUUUUUAUUUUAAAUAUUGAAAUAUUUGAUAAAAAUCUUAUAAAUUUGAAUUGUUUAUUUAGGUUCAUACAAAACGAAGAAAUCGUUUGCACCAGAAAAAAAUGAAUGACUUGGUAUUUGUAAUGUGCAAUCUGAAAUUGAAUGAUAACCAAGUCAAAAAGCAAGCUGAUGAUUUUGGUAUGGAAGAUGAUCUUUCAUCUGAUGAUGAUUGGAUAACCGAGGGAGAAAAACAUCCAAACUUUGAUUUUCUUGGUACUAUUACCAGUGCAACACGAAGACAAAAUGGUAAUGAGGAUGAAAGUGAUGAAGAAGAAAUUCCUAAUAAUGUUGAAAUGGAGAGUCAUGGUAUUGAAGAUGAUUUGGAUAUUCAAAUUGAUGAUAUUGGUGUUGGUACUAGUAGUAGCACUAAUGUUCAUAAUAUUGGUGUUGGUACUAGUAGUAGCAUUAAUGUUCAUAAUAUUGGUGUUGGUACUAGUAGUGAUACUAAUAAUCCUCUUGAUGCUAAUGAUAUUGAUGAAUGCUUGAGGAAUAAUGAGGAAGAUGAAGGGAAUGAAGCUGAUUUUAGUUUACAUGAUACACCAGCAGAUUGUUUAUUUUAAGUUUGUUAAUUAUUAGUUAAUGAAAAGUUAUUUUAAAUUAUGU